UUACGGUUAGCAAUUCAAAUUCUGUGCUUAUCUUUCUGUCAACUGUAAAAGUAGUUGUAAACUGUGAGAUUUUAAAUGAUCUUUAUUCAACGCAGGUGGGAGUGAGACCUCUUGCAGACCUGGUUGGAUCAAUCUACUGCACUGCACUAUGAGCCUAAUUUCAAACGCCACUCCAGACAGUCAGCUCACCAGUCACCACUGGGCUUCGACCAACUUCUAUGCUGACAUUCCAAUGGUGAUGACUGGCUAUGCAAGUAGUCGCCUGUGGCCUCAUGAGUCCCAGCCACAAUUCUGGAGUAAAUAUCAAGUGUGGGAGUGGUUGCAACAGGUCAUGGACAUAAACCAGAUUGAUGCCUCCAACGUUCCCUUCCAAAACUUUGAUAUGGAUGGUCACCAGCUCUGUAACCUGACCUACCAGGACUUUGUCCAUGCGGCGGGAGACCUUGGGCCUAUUCUCUUCCACCGCAUAACACAGCUCAAGUGGGCCGAAUAUCAUAUGGAAAUCAGUCACCUGGAACAAAAGCCAGAAUUAGAAAUUUCCUGUAACUUUUCAGAGGUCAGCUAUCCGCAAACAGAUGGCUAUGACUCUUCGAUUCAACCUCGUGUCCCCGCUGUCUCACCUCCCCCUUCCUGCAGUCAUGAAAUGAAAAUGUCCUACCAUCGCCAACAUCAGGUCAAAAAACACAAUCCAAGAGGGUCCCAUUUGUGGGAAUUUAUCAGAGACAUUUUACUGCAUCCCGAACGCAAUCCAGGACUGAUCAAAUGGGAAGAUCGGACAGAAGGGGUAUUUCGUUUUCUUAAAUCAGAGGAAGUGGCACAGUUGUGGGGCAAGAAGAAAAACAACAGCAGCAUGACCUAUGAGAAGUUGAGUCGGGCAAUGAGAUAUUACUACAAAAGGGAAAUCUUGGAACGAGUAGACGGGCGCAGACUGGUGUACAAAUUUGGUAGGAACGCCAGAGGAUGGAAGGAGUCUGAGAAAUAAUGUAUUUUUUUGAUAGACUUGAAUGCUGCAAGAUUUUGAUAAAUUUGCUGGGUCUUGAUGAGAUCAAGCCGAAUUUCUGACUUUGUACUUUUGCUGAACACAUGAGAAAAUUGUAAUAUUUUGCAAAUAACACAUUGUGUUACAUCAUUGUGAACCAAUCGACCCAAAUGAAGACCUGUUCAUUCAUGUCGGAUGAGUAAUAUUGCGAAUGAGGCCACUUGUGCAAAGGAUAAAGGACUACUGUGUAAAAAAACAAACAAAAAGGUAAAAUAUGUAGCCAAAUAUAAACAUGCUCUAAUUUAACUUCUUAUCUUAUUUGGCAUGCUGCAUUUCUUGCUGUGCGGGUGUAUGCAUAUAUUAUUAUGAUUAUUUUGUUAAUGUUUGAUACAAAUAAAGCUGGUCAUUCCUUUGUA